AUGGAACGCUUCUUACAUAAGGGCAAAAAGGGACUCGCCGAGAAAGACAAGAAUCCAAGAGCAGGCAAAGGAAUUAACUGGAUGUUUCAAGAUUGGAAAGAAAAAGCCCAAGAAGUUUUUGAAGCUUCCAAUUCUAAAGAUGAAAAUGCUGGAAAACCUCUAUUUCUGAGGGAGCCCUCACUAUUUAAUCAAAAUCACAACUUAGAGCGAGGAGGCUACUCUGUUUAUAACUUGGCAUUAACAAGGGCUCACACAGACGGUCACUACAAAAAAUAUAGUUUUGGACCUGCAAACGUAAGCAAACAUAAGAAAGUGAUCAUGAUGGUUGGGGAAACAGGUUCAGGCAAAACAACCCUCAUUAACUUCCUGGUGAACUACAUUCUGGGAGUGAAAUCAGGAGACGGAUACAGAUACAUUCUUAUUGAUGAGAAAAUUAAUCAGAGCCAGGCUCACAGUCAGACCUCCGAUGUCACCAUUUACCAGCUAAAUUAUAUGUCAGGAUUCAGUGUUUCAUAUUCACUGGACAUCAUUGAUACCCCGGGGUUUGGUGACACUAGGGGAAUGGGACAGGACAAGCUUACAAUGGAGAAAUUAAAAAAAUGUUUCACUUCAAAGUGGGGAAUCAACCAUAUCAAUGGCAUCUACUUUGUGGUUAAGGCCUCCACAAAUCGCUUGACAAUAUCAGAGAAAUAUGUGUUUGACUCGGUUCUCUCAUUGUUUGGUAGAGAUAUCAAGGAUAACAUACAGAUCUGUGCCACAUUCGCUGAUUUCGGGAAGCCUAAAGCUCUACAUGCCCUUAAUGAAGCCGGAGUCCCACUUGUUAGGAAAUUCAGUGGCACCCCAGUGUGCUUUAAAUUCAACAACAACUUUCUAUAUGCAAAUGAUUUUGCUGAUGAUGAUGAGGAAGACACAAGUGAGGCAUUUCAGAAAUGCUGGCAAGAUGGGUUCAAAAGUGCUGAGAAAAUGUUUGAUGCUUUGGACAACUUGGACUCAAAAAGUCUAGUUUUGACCAAGGAAGUGUUGAUGGAACGGAAUCAGCUUGAAAUAACUAUGGAGGGAUUAUAUAGUAAAAUCCAACAAGCCGCUUUAAAGGAAACGGAAAUGACCAGAUGUGAGCAGGUUUUAAGGCGACACGAUAAAGAAAUUCAAGAUAAUGAGAAUUUUGAGUAUGACCAAUGGGUGACCAUAAAGAUGAAAAUAGCUGCAGACAAAAAUGCCAUUAAUUGCAGGGAGUGUGAGGACACUUGUCACUAUCCCUGUAGGAUUGCCAUUGAUUAUAUGGUUGGCCUAUGUGAGGUGUUUACACAUAAAAAUGUUUGCCGCCUUUGUAAGCACAAGGUGAGUAGCCAUUUCACUGAGAAACAGAAGUGGGAGCAUGUGGUGAGAAAGGCCAAGAAACCAUAUGUGGACCUGAAACACAAGUACGAAGAGGCGUGUAAAGAGCGUUUAACCACAGAAAUGGUGUUAGAGAACCUACUGAUGGAAAUUGUAGAAGUGGAAGAAGAGGAGAUGAAACUCAUUGAGAGAGCUGCACAAUGUCUUCACCGACUGGAAGCCAUUGCUUUAAAACCCAACCCACUUUCUACUCUUGAUUAUAUUGACCUGCUUAUUAGCACAGAGAAAUGUGAUGUGAAGCCGGGAUUUCAUGAGAGAAUAGAGUCACUGGAAAAAGCCAAAGCCAAGAUCAAGCGUCUUAGUAUCCAUCUGUAAUCCCCCAGAAGUACUUAAAGGGCAUGUAAAGUCUAAAAUAGAAUAAGGC